AUUGCAACUGAAAUAUAGCCUAAAAUAAAUUUUUUCUCAGAAUUUAUAAAAUGUCACUUAUACAUUCUAGUUUUCACUGAUUUUUAUGUACCAUAAUUCUUUAGAAUGUUUAUACACCAUAAACAUUAUUCUUACUAAUGUAAAAAAAUUAACACCACAAGCUCAAAAAUUGAUCUUAAAAUAAAACACAUUGAUACUGAACUUUGUUGUUCUUUUCAAAAAUUGUGAAUAAAUAUUGAAUUCACGCAUUAAUAACCAAAUAUUAAACUUUAUUUUGUAUCCACAAUAACAGAAGUAAUUGUACAGAUUUAAAAAGUAUAUGUACAUCAUCAAAUGUUUAGCUGAAAGCUCUAAAAAAUGUAUUUUCUUAAAAAGUACAAGAGGUCUCAGAACAACUUUUUGUUCUGUUCAAUAUUGGAAGAAAAUGUGAAUGCAUUUUAAAGCUUAAAAAGAUAUUCGAAUUUGAUCAUAAUGUUAAUCAAUAAUUUCCUUAAAAAAAAAGAAUAGUGUCAAACUUUACAAUUGUGGUUUUAGUCUUUCUUGUGGAAAAUGAACAAAAUUUCUCUUGAAGUUAUUUUUAAUAAUUGGCAACAGAGACAUUGUGCUAUUUAAGGUCAUGGACCUAUUAAUUUUCCAGCCAAUUAUCAUCACAUUUAAUGCCUAGAGCACAAAUUUUACUUACACUAUAUUGCUGAACUUGUCUACAUUUUUUGCAAAAUGCUAAAAGGUGUUUAAGUACUUUCUACUUAUCAAAUACCAAGGAAUUUAAUAACUUGAAUUCACAAAGCUUCAAAAUGCAUGUUCACUGAAUACUCUGUAUUGCACCUGCUUUAUAUAAUAAAUUUAAGAAAACACAAUAAAUUAUUUCUGUACUCUUAUUUACAUAUUAAUUUUACAUUACACUUUGGCCAGUCAUCAAAGCAUGUUUACAGAGCAUACACAGAGAUUUCUCCAAAGAUGUGUUUGGUAUAUAACUCUUUUCAAAUGCAGUAUAUUGCUGGUCCACAUCACACAUAUCAAGGCAGUGACCUUUGCCCAAGCAGCAGUAUUGACUUUCAGCUCAGAAACAGGCAGGUAAGCAACAGGUAGAAUCGUUAUGUCAGUGACGUACAAAAUCUGGAUCAGGCAGGUACAAACCCACUAAUGACACAACUAAGACUCCUGUCAUGCCUGCAAGAGCUACAGUGGUAGUCGUAUUAAAUAAAGCUGCAUAUUGGUAACGACAAUACCAGGCUAUACCUAAAAGAACACUCAAUGAGAAAAACAAAAGAUUCCCCAAAUCCCAGUCCCUCUGAGCUGCUGCUUCAUUGGCAGCAUUAGAACCUGAGGCUGAAGCUGUACUUGAACCACGCCGAGAUGGUCGUCCGUUGGUGUUGCUGCUAGAUCUUGUUCUUUGCUGAUGUACUAAGCAAUGAACUACACAAUUAUCAAAUAAACCAAGAGACUGCAAGGUAUCAGAAUCACGCUGCAGAACUUGACCAUUGAAAAUGAGGCGAACAAGCUUGUCAGCAGCAAGCUCUAUACCAAAAUGGCGUCUUUUGAAAUCUCCAAGGAGCUCCUCUAACCUUCCUUCUACCAAUUUUUGGUCAUCAUUGAGAUAUUUGAGGCGAAUACGAAUGUUGCCAGGGAGUGGUGUUUUCAUAUCACUUGAAGAAGCUUCAAGAGUUUCCUCCAAAUCACUUUGUCUAACUGAAUCACAGGGUGAGUGUCUGUUAUCAUUCGUGUUAGGGGUAUCAAGAAGAGUUUCUUGCCGACUCUGGAAAAAAGCCAGCCUUCUUUGCCGUAACACAGAUGAUAAUGGUUCUUCAUUAGAUUGGUUACCAACUUCAGAAGACAAAUCAUUAACAGCUGCAGCAAGUUCAACAUUCAACUCCUGCCUACAUGAAUUAUUAAGAUCCAGACAUGCAUCACUUUGAACUGCUUGAGAUGAACCAGCAGCUUCUGUUGGGUGAUCAUUUUCCUUAGGUCUAGCAUGAUUAUCAGAAGUACCCUCUUCAGGUACUUCAUCAGAACUGGAAGUUUCUUGACCAGUAUCAAUAUUAUUUUCAAUUGCAGCUGAAGGUGUACUAGUGGACGUGGGUAAUUCAGCUAAGACUUGAUGUCUACUUCUUCUUUCCAGUAUCAACACUGUUCGGAUUAUUUGACGUUCUGAAAGUCCAGUAGAACGCCAGGCUAUGAUUCCAAUUAAUAUUAACAUAAUAACAAUGAAGAACUGAAUCACUUCGUCUCCCACGCCUUCAAUUAUAGGCAUUGUGUCAAAAAUCUUCAGAAGUGCCAAUUAGAAAUCUAACUUGGGCGUUCUCUUCCAAGCGCCUUCCAAACAGUUAACUGUGUCUAGAUUGGAUAAAUCACAGGGAAAAUGUCACUUAACUUUGGAGCUUGACUCCACUAUGCCAGCCAAUAUGCUGUUUUAGAGUGUGUUUAUGUAGGCUCUCUGCCUGCUAAAACAGUUGACAGAAACACACGUCAUUGCAUAUCGCCUAGAGGUGCAUAGGGUAAGAGCGAGUUUCACCAUCUCAAGUCAGAGUCAGGUGCUUGCUGGCGCUUGCUGGUUGCAGCGAAGUUAGGGGGAAGGGCGGGAGCAAACAGCGAGUAGAAGUAGGCGGUGUUCCUGUGUAAUCAACGAGAACGUACGGAACUGGAGUUUGCUGCGGGGAUAGUGUAGUGGUGGUCAUCUCUCACGAUGGCUGAUCUUUUAGCAGUUCCGCUGAAGAAACCAUCAGAUGUUGAUGUUGUUAAGCCUCUGAAAAAUCUAAUUGCAUCAACAUACAGCACUGCUGACAAGCCGGAAGAUUAUAGUGAACAGAUAAAUGAUUUUUUUAAAUUAAGGACUAAUGCGAUUUGGCGAGCAUUUGAAAAGUAUGAAAGUUCUUUGGAGGUUAUAUACAGUUACUAUGACCAGUUGGUGGCUCUUGAAACAAAAAUUCCUCCUCAGGAAGUUCAGAUUCCCUUCAAGUGGAAAGAUGCUUUUGAUAAAGGAUCAUUGUUUGGUGGUCGGAUGAGCCUCACGGUAUCAUCAUUAGCAUAUGAGAAGGUAUGUGUUUUAUUCAACAUUGCUGCGCUCCAAAGUGCUGUGGCAUCAUCACAGAGUGUAGAAAAUGAUGACUCCUUGAAAUUAGCUGCAAAAUUAUUCCAGCAAGCAGCUGGAGUUCUCAACCAUUUAAAAGGGACAGUAAUGUUGGCAAUUCAACAAGAACCAACUCCUGAUUUAAAUCCUGAAACUCUUGGAGCUUUAUCAGCUCUCAUGCUAGCACAAGGUCAAGAAAUAUUUGUACUAAAAGCAAUUAAUGAUCACAUGAAGGAUACAAUUGUUGCAAAAUUGUGCUCUCAGUGUGAAGAACUUUAUGCAGAAGUCCUCAAAGUAUUUCAGAAAGAUAAUCUGAGACCACUCUGGGACAAAGACUGGAUUCCUACGGUUGCAGGCAAGCAAGCUGGAUAUCGAGCUCUUACACAUUAUUAUCAAAGCCUUGUGUGCAAGGCUAACAAAGAAGUAGGAGAAGAAAUUGCACGAUUAGAACAUUCUUUGGAACUAUUUAAAGCAGCCCAACAGAGAUCUGGGAAACCCACAUGCUUUCAAGAAUAUGCUACAAAAGCUCAACGAAACUUAAAUGAAGCCAAAAAGGAUAAUGAUUUUAUUUAUCAUGAGCGAAUACCAGAUGUGAAGAGCCUGUCAGCGGUGCCAAAAGCACAGCUUGCCAAAGCCCUCCCCUUGCCUGAACAUUUUAGUCAGAAUUUCAAGGACCUUUUUGACAACUUGUUCCAGUCUCUGUGCACCAAGCUUGGCAGCCCUAUGAUGUUCGCAAAAAUGAAUUAUGAAUUUGUUCUUGCUUCACUGAACUUACCUGCUGCACUUGAAGACCAGUCAGGUGAAGGCCUACCACAGUCACUUCUUGAUAAAGCAGAAUCUGUUAGAUCACGAGGUGGUGUCCAGAAACUGCAACAAAUUAUUACAGAAUUGCCAGAACUCCUUCAGCGUAAUAAAGAUAUUCUUGAUGAGGCGGACCGCUUAUUACAAGAAGAGAAGUCGUCUGAUGAUCAACUGAGAGAACAAUUUAAGGAACGUUGGUCACGAACACCAUCUGAGAGACUUACUGAAUCUUUCCGUACAAAUUUAGCAAAAUAUAGAGAGAUUAUUAAUAAUGCUGUGUCAGCAGAUGCUGUUGUGCGAAACAAAUUUGAUGCACACAAAAGGGGUAUGGAAUUGCUUUGUGGCUCUCCAGAUCAGUUGCAGGCAGCAGUUCCAAGUGCAGGACCUGGUGGAGCAGUGCGCGACAGUGCUGCUGUGCAAGAGCUGCGACGGUUAAUGGAAGAAGUUGAAACACUGAAAGCUGAAAGGGAUGUAAUAGAAAGCGAGCUCAAGUCAGCUACAGUUGAUAUGCAAGCUCAGUUUCUCAGUGCACUUGGACAAGAUGGUGCAAUUAAUGAACAAGCUUUAUCUGUUGAAACACUUGGUCGGGUGUAUGGCCCUUUACAAAAACAGGUUGCUGAAUCUGUGCAGCGACAAGAGACUCUUGUGGCUAAUAUCCAGUCUGCUAAUAGCGAGUUCUGCAAAGAAAAGUCAAAUGCUGGAGGAGCAGCUCGACGAGAAGCUGUGUUAAAAGAAUUAGCUGCUGCUCAUGAUGCAUUUAUAGAAUUACUUAAUAAUCUUCAAGAAGGGACAAAUUUUUACAACAAUCUUACUGAGCUCUUAGUAGUAUUCCAAAACAAGAUAUCAGACUUCUGCUUUGCAAGGCGCACUGAAAAGGAAGAGUUGCUCAAAGAUUUGACGCAGGAGGCAACUCGUGGUAUUGGUGCUGCCCCUACUCCUCCUGCUCAUCACAUUCCUGGCCCUUCAGGGAUUACUCCAGAUGCAAGGAAGGCUCCUCCUCCCCGGCCUCCGCCCCCUGCAGCACCAGCUAGUGUAGUGCAGCCUGAAGUUCCUGCUGCUUCUGCUGCAGCGGCUGCCCCACCCUAUCCUCUUUACCCUGGUGCAAUGCCUCUUCCCUACGGAGCUGCACCAGGAGCUCCAUACCCCACAUAUGUGCCACCCCCAAUGCCAGCUGGUUACAACCCUUAUGGAGGGGCUCCAAUGCCAUAUCCUCAGCAAGGAUACUACCCGUUUCCUCAACCCCAAGCUUGGCCUGCUGGUUACCCUUAUCCCCAGCAGCAACAACAGCCACCUCAAGGUAGUCGCCCAUGGUGAGCAUGUCACAUGUCCCCGUCAUUGCAAAAGUCAUUUUCCACUUUUUCUGACAUGUACACAAUGUUAUUGAAGAAAUGCCUCCUUGGUUUUAAUGAAGUCUUGGGCAUACAGCCUUAAUAAGUUUUAGAAAGGCCAGUGUGGCAGUUUGUAUUUACUCUCACUCACUGUAAAGGUGUAUGAUUUUUCUCAACAUAAGAUGAAAAUAAGAAGAAAAAUGCUCCCUUAAGUGUAUACAGCAAGGUGCUAAUGAACGAAUUUUGAGCUUGUAGAGUAUAUUAUCUUAUAUUUUUGAGAUUGACAUUAGCAACUUUUGUUACAUAAGCACUAAAAAUAAACCCUCAUUAAUCUGAGUGCUAGUUUUAUUGGCAUGUUAUAUUAUCAUAAGAACUUCUCUAAAAAGUCUCCUCUAAAUUUAAAUGACUGCAGAAGAAAGUUAAGAAAAAUACACUAGAAAGUUGUACAUAUUUAAAGGCACCUUUGAACAUUCAUUGAAGUACCUAGAUUCUGCUAUAUUAUGAUGUUAAACUACCAUUUGUGCCUCUGUAGUAAAAUAGCAGUAUAUAGUAUUUUGCCUGAAAAACAUUGUUUUAAGGUGUUUUUCAUAGUUUUUAAGUUGUGUAAUUAUAUGAGACUUCUUCAUAAGACAACCUGUUUCUCCAAAAAAGACAAUUAAUCAAAAUAGCAUUUUGAACUUUUUUGUUUGUAAAUUUAUUUCAUAUGCUAAAUGCUGAGUAAUGUAAAAUAAUACUGUCCAAAUCAAUUACAUGUCAUUUGAACAAUGUUUCAUCAUUGUAUGGAAGGCAUUGAUGUGUUGAAAUUAUUUUGUGCAGCUUAGUUACCAACUGUUUUGGAGGAUAGGGUGGGGGGUAAGGAUUAAUUAUUUGCAAAUGUCAGACAUAUUCCAAACCAAGUUGACAACAUACUGGUGUUUAUAUCAGUCAAUUUGACAUUAUAACUAUUGUAUUCUGAAUGUUAAGAUCCUUUCUUGUUCUGUGAACAUCCAUGCUUCCUGUAACAGGUAGUUUAUUUUUCUAUGUAAUAUUCUUUAUUGGUAAACAAAUGGCAUUAGAAUGCAGCAUAUCAGUCAUCAAAAUGAUUUCUUUUUUAACUUGAGGGAUUUAUUUAGAUAUACCUCAAUAUCAUUAAUUUGAUGAGGGAUAAUGGCGUGAUGUUUGAAUGUAGUAGACUGUUCAAUUGAAUUUUAUAUAUAUUUAAUAUUCAACUACACUGUGUGGUCAUUUCCCUGGAAGUUGUUAUCCUGGGUGAAGCUUUAGCAAGGUAAUGGUUCCUUGCAAAGUAAUUCCUGUGGAAGAGUGUUCUGUACAGUGAUAGUACCAAUAGAUUACUUUAAUACCUAUAUGUUAUUCUUAGAUCUCUUCAACAUUGUUUCAUGUUACAUGUGGGAAACUGAAAGAAACAAUUAUGGUAUUUAGAGAGAGCAACUUUUAUGUUGAUAUGAGUAAUUCAAAACUAUAGGCAACAAUAUAUUUGAUAAUUACUGAAAAAUGGUUAAAUACAAUCGAAAGAUAGACAAAAAUGGUUGGGCUUAUCUAAUUACAAGUUUUCUUCUAUAGCACAAAGGUUACAGCUGACAAACACUGGUUAUGACUCUUAUCUUGAUCUGCCAGUAAGUUACUUAAAAAUAUUCUAUAUAUGGUUUCUAGAGUAAACGGUUUCCUCUUCCUAUGACAUUGUCCUCCUUUCUUAUCUCCCAUUCGUCUAUUCUUCCAGGAAAGAAUUAUAUUGUAAAUAGAACUGGAUCAUCUUAGCCUACUUACUGAAUUUUCAACAGAAAAAAAAAUUGGAAAAACAUCAUCUUCACAUGUAUGAGGAUUAAGGACAAUAGAAAUGACAGUAAUCAUUGCUAUACAGUCUCUUCAAAGUCCAACAACUUACCAAGUUUCAUUGGUGUAGAUAGGCAACCUUUUCAUUGCAGCAUGAAACUUAUACAGUAAAUCAAAACUGAGAAGUGUUCAUGAAGUUUUUUUAUUAAAACCAAAUUAACCUCAUAAAACAAUGUUGUACCCAGAGGGAAAGAGCACUGUGUUCAUUUUUAUGCUGAAAUGUGAUAUUCUAAUACAUUAGUUCUAAUUUCAUUCUUUCUUCUUAGUUCUAACUUCACUCUUUGUGCAGGUCCCAUUAAGAAUCUUUAAAUCUAUAAAUAAUCUUUUGUAUUCACCAAGUUAUUGUCUAAUAUUAAAUUGGACCAUUAUUUGGGUUUCAUUUUGUAUUUGGGGACUAUCAAAACAUAAUUUCAGCAAAAUAGCUAUUUAUACACAAGAGACAAGUAAACAAACUGUAAAUGUUUUGUGUACUUCUUCAGUUGUUCAUUAGAUAUUGAUUGUAGAAAGAUGUAUACAUAAAAUACAUGAAUUCAAUAAUUUGCUGUUAUAAAACUGUAAGUGAAAUAUUGGCCUGAAAAUAACAAAAGGGAGAAGGUAAACUAGAAAUAAAAUCACAGCAUGUACAAAAAAUAUAUCUAUGGGAAGAACUUGCUACCAUAGAGCAAUAAAAAAUAAGAAUAUUUUGCUGAUAUUAAGAACUAAAUCCAUAAGACAUUAAGUUAGAAGUUGUAAAAGCAAUACAUUGUCCAUUUACAUACAAGGGAAUGAAGUGCCUUUGAAAUGCUCUUCUAUAAAAUUAAGUAAUGGAAUGCCUAUUUUUCUUCUGAGAAACAAUUGAAUGGGGAAAAAAGACUUGAAUAAUAAAGAAAUUUAGUUUUAGAAACUAAAUUACGCUACAAUUAAUAUUUUUACGAGCAAGAUUGUCACCAUUGAAUAAUUUCAAUGACUGGAAGGAAGUUAACAUUGGCCGUAUUUGCCUUUUGAAUUCAAAACAUUAUUAAUUAAAUGUAAUUAACAUAUUUAAUUAAAAUUUAUUGUUUAAAAAUUUCUCCAAUUUUUUUUCUCUAUUUGUUUGCUUGAAAAGAAUGAAAAAAUGAAUAAAAAUAGCUUGUGUCUGAUUUUCAUUGAAACCUUUGAUGAUUCAAACAAAUUGCAUGUGUUGGACUUUUUUUAAAUCAUCUCUAACUAGCUUAUUAAAGAUGUAGAUUGUUUUCAUUUCAUGUUAAAUUUACAUAGCAAAAUAAAGCUAUAAAAUGCGGCAGGAAAAAGUGCUGAUUUUCCAUUAAAAACAAACAAUCUCUGUGAGACCCUGUCACUUAAAAAUUAAUUUCAUUACUUUCUCGUAGUUAAUUUCACAUUUUGUGGAUCCUUGGUUCCUAUUCUUCUCAAAAUAUCUGACAAUUCAUGUCUGAACUGGUAACUGACUAAUGGUAAUACAAUCAGUAUUUUCGGUAAAAAGUGUAUUUUUCAGUCAAUCUGAUUGAAGUCUCAUAAAUUUAAAACUCAUUUUUUGAACUUG